CGUGGCGUGCGGGCCCCGCUCUUAGCGGAAGGAGGAGGCGACCGAGCGAGCAAGUCGGGUGGGCUGAGGCGGCGGGGAGGGAGCGAGCGAGCCGACGAGAGGAUUGGGGCGGGCGGGCGGGGGGCUCGUGGUUGUACGGGAGGGAGGAACCCGAGACCCGAGGCACUGGGAGGCGGUGGCGACAACAACGACAUUGUCGUCGGCUAGGGGAAGCCAAUCUCCCAUCGCUUCGAACACCACCAUCAUCGUCAUCAUCAUCAUCGCCAUCAUCGCCAUCAUCGUCUUCGUCGGCGACAGCAGCGGUCCUACCCACCGCCUGCCCGCUCGUGCGUGCGCCCGCCCGCUCCAGGCCGCUGGUUCGUGGCGUCAUGCCGGCGCGCUGAGCCUCGUGUAUGGAGAACCCAGGUGCCACCACUGCUUCCGCGCACGCUCAGGCCAUGCCCGGGGAGAGCUACCACUCCGCGGACGCACACCCACACAGCGUCUUCACUCACCUCCCUGGCCCCUGGGCUGCGCCACCCUCCCAGAUCGUGUGGAUACAGCAGACUGAGGAAGCAGCUGCCUACCCCGUCUGCCAAGACUCGCAGGGCCUUUCACCAGGCAUGCUGCCGCCAUUCGCCAUCAACAGAUUGCUGGCGCAAAAAGCGAUGCACGGCAGCUGCACUGAAUCGGUCGCCCUCCCGAGCCCGGACCCUCCCCUGGACCUGUCGUUCACGGCCGCCCCCCUCGACUCCUCCGUCCAAUCGGAGCACUCUGCCUCGCGCGACGGCCUGCCGCAUGAAGGCGCCGCUGCCGCCGCGUCCAAUCGCGCGAUGGCGGCCGCUCUCCCCUCGCCGGUCGACGGCGGUCAGGAGAAACGGCGCGACGCCACCACCUCCAUCUCCGCCGUGGAGGAGAUGGAGCUGCAGUGCGACGACGACGCCGGCGGUGGUGCCCAGAACGGAGGAGUGGUGUACGACACCGACGACAUUGAGGACCAGCAGCCACACUCCGGCGCGCCGACUCCCUUCGACAAUCCCUUCAGCGCCCCCUCCUUCCCGCAACUGUCACCCGCCUACUGCUCCGUCAUCCACCACCCGCUCGCUCCCAGCGGCUCCGGAUCGCCCGGCUCGCUCGGCGACGAGAGCCCCCGCGGCCUCGCCCACGAGCACCCCACCGAGGACGCCGCGCCGCCGGAGCACCCCACCCGGUCGCUCAUCUACCCCGAGCAGAUGUUCCGCUCGUCGAGGGCGACCUUCGAGUACGUCAACGGCGACCUGUCCGCACAGUCCUCAGAACUGUCCGACCGCGGCUCGCCCGACGUGCAGCUCAUUUCCGCCACGGGCGAGCGGCCGCGCGCCUUGGAUUACUCGUCGUCCGCGGACAUGUCGUCGCGCCAGCCGGGCGCAGGCGCGUCGUACCUACCGCCGACGUACUGCCAGAGCGCGCCCUACUUCACCUACGGCUCGUACUUCAGUGGCAUGGGCGGUAGUGGCGGCAGCAACAACGGCGGCCCUCUGAACCUGUCGUACCAAGGGCACGGAGCCGAGUCGGGACUCUCGCCUGCGAUCGCGGGCAGCUCCGGAGCGCCGGCGAUUUCGACGAACGGGAAUGCGUACAGCUCCAGCUCGGGGUUUGACGUGAUGGGCCAGCUGGGAUUUGGCUGCGGCGGUGACAUGGCGGCCCAGUCGAGCUACCUGGGACAGAACGCCAUGGGCGGCGGCUGCCACAUGCAGUCGACGGCGAAUGCGGACCCGCUAGGCCUUGACGAUUUGGAAGACAUCGACUUGGACGGGCUGCAGGAAUUCCUGCAAGAAGGAACGUUUGGACAGCUGUCUCAUGGAGCCCUGGACCCUGCGCUCUUCAUGUCGCAGCCUCCGCCCUCUCUGGACUCCGUGUCGGUUCGUCAAACAGAUGACCUCAUCUCAGACCAGCAGGCUUUCGCUAACAGCUCUGCGUACCAAGGAUAUGGCUCAAGUCAGCUCCAAACGUCAUUUCAGGCUUCUCAAGAUAUGUUCCCACAGCCUUUACCACUGGUGGUGGAAAAGGAGGAAGAGGUGGAGGAGGAUGACGCUGACGGGGAGGAUCUGGGCCACGCGGCGACGUACGCCGAUUACACGCCGGCCAAACUGUCCAUCGGGCGCAACCACCCGGACCGCGUGGUGGAGACCAGCACGCUGUCCAGCGUGCCGCUCCCUGACAUCACCUACCACCUGCACAUGCCCGACUACGCCAUCUCCAGCGGCAAGCUCUCCGCCCUGCAGCUCGAGGCCAUCACUUACUCCUGCCAGCGGCAUGAGAGCAUCCUUCCCAAUGGGCAGCGUGCGGGCUUCCUGAUCGGAGACGGAGCCGGAGUUGGUAAAGGCCGCACCGUCGCUGGAAUCAUCCUGGAAAACUACUGCUGUGGGCGGAAGAAAGCGUUGUGGUUCAGCGUCUCCAACGACCUCAAGUACGACGCUGAGCGAGAUCUGAACGACAUCGGAGCUCGCAGCAUCCCCGUGCACAGCCUCAACAAGAUAAAGUACGGCAGCACGGAUCGGCGGAUGCGGGAGGGCGUCCUCUUCGCCACGUACUCGGCGCUCAUCGGCGAGAGCUUCGCCACUGGCACCAUGCGCACGCGCAUCAAGCAGGUGCUGGACUGGUGCGGGCCCGAGUUCGACGGAGUCGUGGUGUUCGACGAGUGCCACAAGGCGAAGAACCUGUGCCCCGUGGGAGCCGCCAAGCCCACCAAGACGGGCAAGGCCGUGCUGGACCUGCAGAACAAGCUGCCGCACGCCCGCGUCGUCUACGCCAGCGCCACAGGUGCAUCCGAGCCGAAGAACAUGGCGUACAUGAGCCGCCUCGGAAUCUGGGGGAAGGACACUCCCUUCAACACCUUCGACGAGUUCCUGCAGUCGAUUGAGAGGAGGGGCGUCGGCGGGAUGGAGAUCGUGGCAAUGGACAUGAAGCUGAGCGGGAUGUACAUCGCCCGUCAGCUCAGCUUCCACGGCGUCACCUUCCGCGUGGUGGAGAUUCCACUGCCGGAGCAGUUCCGCAACGUGUACGACCGCGCGGUCAAGCUGUGGCUGGAGAUGAUGGACAAGUUUGACCGCGCGGCCAGCGUGUGCCCGGACGUGUCGCGCAAGUCUCUGUGGGGUCAGUUCUGGUCGUCGCACCAGCGGUUCUUCAAGUACAUGUGCAUCGCGGGCAAAGUUCAGCAAGCGGUAACCCUGGCGCAUGAGGCGCUCAAGCAGGGCAAGUGCGUGGUGAUCGGACUGCAGUCGACCGGCGAGGCACGCACCCGGGAGGAGUUGGAGCUCGGAAACGGGACGAUCGACAAGUUCGUUUCGGCAGCUGGUGGAGUCCUCAAGGCUCUGAUCAAGAAGAAUUUCCCGAGCGGAAAAGCCCGAGUACGAGCCGCACCCAAGAGGAUAAUAAGACAGGAGUGUGCAGAUGCGUGCAGCAAGGCAGACAUGAAAAGAAGACGGCUCAAUGAGCGGUGCGGCAGGAAGGGGAAGCUGGCGCGGCUGAAGGAGGGCGCCUCGGCCACCACCGUCACGCCGGCCAUGGCGGCCCUCCUGGGCUGCCCGCAGGCCCGGGACAGUGACGACAGCGGCCUGGAGUUCCGCAGCGAGGGCGAGAGCGACGACGGCGGCGCCGCCGCGUCUCCGCUGCCGCCGCUGGGCGCUCCACCGCCCAUGCUGACGAUGCCGCCGUACGGCUCGGCGACGUCCGCGGCGGCGGCCAUGAUGAACGCGUUCCGUACGGCGCAGCAGGAGAACGGGGGGCGGACCAUCAAGGUGGAGGAGGAGGACGACGAUGACGACGACGUCAUCAUCAUCACGCCGGAAGACCCCGCGCGAGCCAUGACGUCCGCGGCUGCCGUCCCCAUUGACUACUCGGGGAUGCUGUUUGAGAUGAAGCAGGAUCUGCUGAGGAAGGUGGACGAGCUGACCAAGGAUCUGCCCCUGAACACGCUCGACGAGCUCAUUGAGAAGCUGGGAGGGCCUUCCAUCGUGGCCGAGAUGACCGGGAGGAAGGGGCGCAUCGUGCAGAAGGCGGACGGCAAGGUCGCGUACGAGACACGCGCGGAGCCCGGCGUCCACAUCGACAUCGUCAACAUCAAGGAGAAGCAGCGGUUCAUGACCGGCGAGAAGCACGUCGCCAUCAUUUCGGAGGCGGCCAGCUCGGGCAUCUCCCUGCAGGCCGACCGGCGAGCCGAGAACAAGAGGCGGCGCGUGCACAUGACGCUCGAACUCCCGUGGAGCGCCGACCGCGCCAUUCAGCAGUUCGGUCGCACGCACCGCUCCAACCAGGUGUCGGCUCCGGAGUAUCUCUUCCUCAUCUCGGAGCUCGCCGGGGAGAGGAGGUUUGCCUCCAUCGUGGCCAAGCGACUGGAAAGCCUGGGAGCGCUGACGCACGGAGAUCGGCGAGCGACGGAGUCGCGAGACAUGAGCCGAUUCAACUUCGACAACAAGUACGGCAGGGAGGCCAUGGAGAAGGUCCUCAAAUCGCUCAUCAACCAGAUCGACUUCCACUACAUGGUCCCACCGCCGGCUAGCUACGAGGGUGACUUCUUCGAAGAUAUGAGGCAAGGUCUGGUGGGAGUGGGGCUGAUUACGAAGGAUUAUAAAGGCAACUACUCCAUUGAGAAAGGCAUGAACCAGUACUCGCACAAUGGCGUGCAGUUGGGACCGAAUCAAGCAGAGCUGGGCCUCGCAAAGUUCCUCAACCGGAUUCUGGGCAUGGAGGUGACGAAGCAGAACGCCAUCUUCCAGUACUUCAUCGAAACGUUUGAGGUCACCAUCGACGCGGCCAAGAAGGAGGGGAAAUACGACAUGGGGAUUUUGGACCUCGCGCCCGGCGUGGAGGAGAUCAACGAGGAGAAGAAGCACACGUUCAAGAUCCCCUCGUCCAUGGGCAGUGGGCAGGUGGUGCUCUACACGGUGAAGGUCGACCGAGGAAUUAGCUGGAACGACGCGUUGGAAAGGAGCAAAAAGAUGACUGGACUGAACGACGGAUUCUACGUCAUGAAACUGAUGCGCUCGGGCCGGCAAAUGGCGAUCCUCGCCGAGGAGUUUGACAAGGAGAAGAAGCUGUUCGCCAUCUACCGACCAAACACGGGGAAGCAGCGUCACCAGGAGGAGCUCCGGGACCUCAGCAGGAAAUACGACAAGGUCACGGAAGAGGAGGCGGAGGAUGUCUGGAAGUACCAGUACGACUGGUCGUUUGACAGUUGCAGCCACGCCUUCUGGAGCGGCCGCUGCCGUAACGUGGCGGCGCUCGGCUCGUGCUCGCACGGCGGCCGCCUGUGCUUGCACCACGUGCUCUGCGGCACGCUGCUGAGCGUGUGGCGCGGGGUGGAGGACGCCAUCCAGCAGGUCACCAACUCCACCAGCAUGCAGAUCGUGCGGCUGCAGACCAAGGACAAGCGGCGGCAAGUUGGAAUCAAAAUCCCGGAGAACUGCCUGAGCAAAGUGAUGAAGGUGCUGGCCAACCAGGACCAGGCGCUGCUGCUGGCACGCGAGUCGGUCAUCGUGCCGUACCCCAGCAGCCCAUCGGCGUUGUUCAUCGACGAGUCCUUUCCCGACGGCCUCAACGGCUAAACCCGGCCGCUUCUGAGCCCCCACCCCACCACCCUCACUAGCCAGACAUCCCGAGCCGUAUCGCAUAGAGUCGAGGUGGUGGCAGUGGCGGCGGGAGGGAGUUGGGGGGAUGGUGGUGGUGGGCUGGCGACCAUCGUAAGACUCGCCGCGUCGUAUCCGUAGCGGCGGUGGCGGCGUCGGCGCCGUCGCUUCGCGGUGACCUCAGUGUGCAUAUAUACGUGCAGUAUACAUGUAUAUUAGUAUUUACUGUGUGUGCGUAUAUAUAUGUUGUAUUUAGAUGUAAAUGCAAACAUGUCCGCGCGCGCGUGUGUAUAUAUAAGUAUUUAUGUGUGUAUUUAUAUAUGUUUGUAUAUAAAUUCAGUAUAUACAUUCUGGAAAGGGUAAAAAGAGAAAUCCAGUCCGUGUUUUCCCGCCCUCCCGCGGAAAAAUCUUUACAAACGCCGCACCGCAGAUUUUGUAAACGGCGGCGUCGGGACGGCCAGUGUCGUCGGUGCUCCGGGCCGGUUGGUGGCACCGUCGGGCCCCCCCCCC